AUAAAUUGAGGCAGACAGUUUUCAAAAUGACACGAAUGGUUGAAAAUAAAUUCUAUUCACUUUAUAUUCUCACACUCAUGAUUUUCACAGACUAAACACACAAAAUCAAAACGGCAACGACCGACUAAAAGCUCUCCACAUGCUGAAACCAAAGACUGGCACCUCUAGAGAUGAUAGCACUACCAUAGCGGCACCGGUGGAGAACCAUUUCGGUGGGUCAAAGGGAAAGCCACUAGUUGGUUGGAACAUAGGGAAUGGAGAUGAUAAGCUUCCAGAUAACCCACUCACCAGCUAUCUGACCGAGAUUCAACUGAGCCAUAACCAGAUUACCAAGCGAUUCGCUGAACUACUCAAUUUGUUCGAAGAUUACACCAAACUCCUGGACAAUGAGAAUGAGCAUCAUCUUGGCGCUCCAUUUCGGCUUAGGCGAGUCCGGUCCGAGCAGUUAGUUUUGAAGGAAGAGGCUGAAAAUAUGCAGCAAAGAGCAUCAAGUCUCACUCAGCUAUCAGAUAUCACAAUAAAGCCCACCUGUGAGGUGAGCAGCCAGACUUCUUGGACUGCCGUGGAUCAGAGACAAGUGGACUGUUGGGAUUUAGAACCGAAAUUAGCAGCUUUAAACGAAGGUAUAGAUUCGGAAACGGAGAAACCAAGCAACGUCCUGCAGCACACGAUCCACAUCGAAGUGGAAUCGGUGACAUCGGCCACGGAUAUGCAGAGACCUCCACUGCGUCAACGGAUGUGGAAUGUCCUUGUCCAGACGGGCGAUACUAUGAUCGCCUGUGCCUACAUGAUCGGCGAGAAUCUCACGAUUGUUCUGUUUAUUGCCUUGUGCCUAUGGUGUCUUUACUUGUUGUUGAGCCACUUUUAUAGCUCCUUGCAGACCAAUGUCAGCCAGCAAAUAGACUUGAAACGGAAUUUAAUGCGCAGUGUUCAGGCAAAGUAAUUGUAAUAAAAAAUGACGUUUGGCUCUUGAACAAAUAAAAAGAAAACCCGAGUGGCGAUUUGGCCCAGGCGAGUUGUCCAUUCCUUUAA